AAUAUCUAUAAAUGAAUCUUAGUAAUACGGCUAUAAUUUAAAUAUCAUUAGGGGCUUACUAAUAAGAAAAAUUAUCUUUCUAGCCUCUCUUUUCAUUGUUAUGUUGUGUGCUGUCUCACGGUAGAACCACAGUUUCUUUAUUUAAUCGCAACAAUGGCUGCUACAUCCCUAUGGCGAUCAUAUCGGCUGGACUCUGAAUUCAAUCGUGUGAUUGGUGAUAUAUCUGCAUUAGACUCGGUUGUAGGUGGCGAGGCACGUCGUGUUAUCGCUGCUACAAAGGUUUUCGCCGCAGAUAGUUACGCUCUUCCCGGAAUUGUUGAUUCUAAGGUACGUGAAUUGUAUCCUCGUCUGAUGGAUCUAUCUCGUGAGAGUUGUUACAUUUCAGAGUCGGCAUUAGAAGGCUUGGCUAAAGAUAUUUGCAAGCCUCGUCCCAAGUAUGUAGUGCCUGAUGAUAUUCGUGUUAAUCGGUUGAGUCCUACUUAUCAGGGUUCUUAUGUUGCACCUUGUGGUUUAGGAGAUAAUAUUGGUAACCCGUCUGGUUACGUUGUUCCUUCGGUAUCUGGAUUACAAAGUGGCAACACUACUACUAUAUUCCCUCCAUAUAAUAACAUCACGAGUGUACAUACUACGGAUAUGUUAACGGGGAACAAAUUGGGUGCGAAUUUGAAUUCUGCUGCUAUUGGUCGUUCGGAUGAUUUUCUAAUGAAAUCACCAUUACCACAUAAUCGUGGGAGGGGAAGUCCUGUAUCACGUGAAGAUUUAACGAGCAUUCGCCGCCCUGAUUAUCUCAACAGUGAGCAUUAUAAGGAUCGUGUUGUUGAUGCUGGAUUUAGGGGAACAGAUUUAUUUGGGAGCAGGUCAGGUGUAUCUGGCCUACUUGACAAUUGUAACAUAUUUGAUGCCGACAGUUAUCGGGGACAUAAUUUUGACGGGGCGGGUGCCGUGGACACAGCCAGUCGCACUCCGAUGAAAUCUAAUAGCGGCGAUUUUAACUUCCACCGUGAGUUUAUGAGUGCAUUUCAACCUGAGAGCGAGCCUCGCACAGACUACCAUGCGUUGAACACUCCGGUUGCUGACUUGGAAUCUCGAAAGAAGGAUGUUAAUGACGGUUUGGUCUCACCAUUUCCAUGGGAACGCAAUAUGGAUGCUAAACGUAUGAGUGACGUUGGAUUAACUUCAGUUGACCGUGUCAACGAUUCUAUUGAUGGCCCAUACCCAAGUUACAUAUCCGGUAGGGGUAACAACGGCGCCACUCCUGGCGGUUUCCGUGGCUAUGUUUUUGACGACCCUAUGAACAUGUUUGAUGGAUCGGUUCCUUCUCGUAUUAACAAACAUUCUGCCGAUGACUUUGUACUUCGCGACGUUGCCAAGUCACCGCUCCGCUCCUUGAUGCGUGAUAGUGAUCACAGCUAUGGUUACAAGGGGUCUUAUUUGACACCUCGUGUUUUGUAUCAUAGUUUGCUGUAACCGCGUGGCGGGUUGUAUGUGGCGUCCACCUUGCACAUCCAUUGUUCAUUACGCGUACUUGCACGAUGCAUGAAUUAAUUUUGGCAACAUUCGCCAAUUAAAACUAAUUUUUACUAUGCUAGGCUGCAUUUAGCCGUUCUGUGUA